AAAAAUGCCAAAAAAAGAUAUGGCCCUUUCUGACAAUAUGUGGCAAUAUAGAGAUGUUUUGUUUGAUUUGGACACUCGAAUGCUACGAUUAGCAGCAGGAGAGUCUAUUGUCGAGAGGAUAGAUAAUGUGGAGGAUACUAAAGGGAAUAAUGGAGAUAGAGGAUUGUUAAGAAUCACUAAUUUACGCUUGAUUUGGCAUGCUGUAGCAGUUCCUCGUAUAAAUUUAAGUAUUGGACAUAAUACAAUAACUGGAAUUACUACUCGUAAAAUUCGUGGGCAAGCAGAAUCGCUUUAUAUAAUGUCUAAAGGACUUUCUGGAACAAAAUUUGAAUUUGUCUUUACAUGCGUUAAUCCGUCUAGUACCAAAUUUUUCUCUACAGUUAUUGGUAUAAAUAGAGCUUAUGAAGCAUCAAGAAUGUAUCGCGAAAUGAAAAUGAGAACAACUUUACUCAAUUCUGAGGAGAAAUUAAUUUUAUUAUCAUUAGAAACACAAUGUGACAGAAUCGAUGGUGUUUGGAAUUUAAGUAGCGAUCAAGGCAAUCUGGGUAUGAUGAUAAUUACAAAUAUUAGAGUUGUUUGGCAUGCAGCUUUAAACACACAGAGUGGAGAAUAUAUUCUAGGGUUUCAAGUGAAGCCUGAAGAACGUUUAGAACAUACAUGCAAAACUAUCCAAGCUUUACUCAAUGCCUUUCAAUCCUCACCCGUUUUUGGUGUCCAAUAUUCACGCCAAGAUGUUGGAGGAAUGGUGGGGGAUGUUUUUACUGAACCGCCAUCUAUCCCUCAAGAAACGGAAGAAAAAGAACCUUUGGAAAAGCCUCUUCGAGUAGACGCGUUUGCGGUAGAUUUUUUUGAAUUUUUGGUUUUAAAAAGUUUUUAG